AGAACCCGAAAAACCUCACCCAUCUUCCCCAACCUUACUUUACACCUACCUGAGGUUUACCUGUAGGGCCUCAGUUAAUGUCCCUUUAACUUAUUAUAUGUGAUUGAUGCCAUAGUAUAUAUGAUCAAGUGAAGAGAGGCCACCAGCCACUCCCCUCUAACCUGUCUCACCAACUCGCAUCUAGAAGCAAUUAGGGUCCCUUCUCUCUUCUCUCUCUCUUUUAGUCAAAAGCCUAUAAAAUCAUACGCCAAGUCCUCCACAAGGGCCGGCCUUUAUGUUUCAGCAAAUACAAAUAGCAACUCCUCUACCAUUUCCAGUUCUACUGCCCCCAACAAAACCAGAGCCAAGAACAUCUCUAGCAGCUGCUGCAACUUAAAGUCGUCAACUUUGCUUAAUGGGGAGAUCUCCAUGCUGUGAAAAGGCUCACACGAACAAAGGAGCUUGGACCAAAGAAGAAGAUGAUCGCCUCAUUGCUUAUAUCCGAGCUCACGGUGAAGGCUGCUGGCGCUCGCUGCCCAAAGCCGCCGGCCUUCUUCGCUGCGGCAAGAGCUGUAGGCUGCGGUGGAUCAACUACCUCAGACCGGACCUCAAGCGCGGCAACUUCACUGAAGAAGAAGAUGAGCUCAUCAUCAAGCUCCAUAGCCUCCUUGGGAACAAAUGGUCUUUGAUUGCCGGGAGACUGCCGGGAAGAACAGACAAUGAGAUAAAGAAUUACUGGAAUACCCAUAUAAGAAGGAAGCUUUUGACAAGAGGUAUAGACCCUGCAACUCACAGGCCACUCAAUGAAACAACAACUCCUACUACUCAGGACUCUGCCACAACCACCACUACUAUCUCUUUUGCUGCUUCUUCUGCUAUUAAAGAAGAAGAUCAGAAAAUCAGCACCAGUAGUAUUGGGAUUGUGAGCAGCAGAGACUCACUGAUUAGCCCAGUUCAAGAAAAGUGUCCAGAUUUGAAUCUUGAGCUUAGAAUUAGUCCUCCUAGCCAGAUCAAACCAGCUGAUCAGUCUUUGAAGAGUGGAGGAAGAAGGGCUUUCUGCUUUUCUUGCAGUAUGGGGUUAAAGGACUCAAAGAGUUGCAGUAGCUGUGGGAUUGAUAAUAUUGGUGCCACCAGUGCUGGCACUAGUAAUAUUGCUUAUGAUUUCUUGGGGUUGAAAAAUGGGGUGUUGGAUUACAGAAGCUUGGAGAUGAAAUAAGAAUGAUUAGUUGGAGUCAUGAAAUUGUAAUAUGUAGUUUUAAGUUGAGUGGGGGAAUGAUCAGAAAGAGAUUGCUGAUAUUAAUCCCUUGAUGUUUUCCCUCUUAUGUCUCUAAUUUUUAUGACUAUUAGAGCAUAUUUAGUAUAAAUACCAGUACAGCUGAUUGGGGAAAUUCCUUUGAUCAUUUAUCUGAAUGUGAAUUGUCUUCUGUUUGAACAAGAAAAAAAAAAAGAAGAAAUUGUUUCUUUCCUCUUGAAAGGACAAAUUGGGUUUGUCAG